AACUGGGUGAAUUAUUCUGAGUGGCAAGAACAGCUGUCUCUCAUACUAUUCUUGCAUUGGUUUUGUUUAUGCCAUAAACAUUGCCAGGUUAUGGAAAUUCAGCUCUGAAUAGAAAAUAGAGGACUUUGUUGAAGUACUGAAGGUUCAUUUGAUAAAUUGAGACCCUGCAUUGUAAAGAGAUAUGGAGGCUGUUUUAGGACUGUUAGUGAUCUCAGCAGGAGUGUCUCAUGGUAAGAAACAACUUUAUAUGUGUUGGCUUCCCUCUUCUUUUAUGCAUAUUAUAAUAUAAGGAGUCUUGUAUAUCAUGUAGCAGAAAUGACGGAUGAUGAUAGACAAAUUCAGAACACUUAAGAAGACAGUUGUCUCUUUACUCACUGUCCCAUGAUAAUGAUCACUGACUUAUGUUCAUUAUUACGUUGAUGCUGUUGUUUGGUUAUACUGUUAGUCGCUUGUAUCCUCAUCUGAAAAAUAAUACAUGACUUGACAUGGGUUAGAACAGUGAUAGUCACUACCGUGUAUAUUUUUCUUCUUGAUCUUCAGGCUUGGAGACUUCCUGUAAUGCUAGACAGAACAGAUCUCCGUGUUAUGGAGCUCUGGGAGGAACUGUCUAUCUCCAGCUGAUCACUGAUGCCAAGGGAAAUGAUGAACUCAUAUUUUGGAAAAACCAAACUGGUACUAGAACAGAGAUACUCAAAAGGAAGAAUUACAUACUGGUAAUAACAGACAUCACCAUUAAAGACAGAACACACUUCUUUACAAACAAUGGGACAUUUAGGUUAAAUAACACAAGACGGAAUGAUUCUGGUAAAUACCUGCUAGAAACUUAUCAUACAAACGGGACAUUCAUCUGGACCAGUGGACUACAACUGUUCAUCGAAGGUAAUUAACUAACUCUUUAUAAAGUUAAUGUUGUCAAAUCAUUAUUACAAAUUAUAACUUUGACAAGCUCUACAUAUUUCUCUUUGGCUAAACAAAAAAUAUGUGACUACCUAAUAAUCCAAAUAAUGAGAAAUUCAUUUUAUGUGUUAUCAAGGAGUCAUUUUUGUUUCAUAGGCUACUGUAGUUGGUACAUAGAGUCAUAACCAUAUCCAUCAACAUUAAAUUAUCUGUUGGUUAUUUGAAAUGCAGUCAUUGUGUAUCAUGAAUCUGCUCCUCCUGUUGACUACAGUAGCUUCUGUGGCUUUCAAGAACAAUGGCUGGUGUUGUGUUCUAAUGUGCUUUGACCUCUUACUACAGUUACAUAUCCUUCUUCCCCCACAGCUCCAGUGUCCUCUCCUCAACUGUCCUCUGAGUGUCUGUCCCAUGGAGAGAUGAGGGUGUCCUGCUCCUCUGAGGGGGACGGUCCCCAGUACAGCUGGACUCUGGAUGGACAGACACUGAGAGACACUGAGACCUCCCCUGGUGAUGAGACAAACACCAUCACUCUGAAGAAAGGCCUGUCUGGAAAUCUCACCUGUACCGUCAGAAACAACAUCAGCAGUGUUGCAAUCAGCAAGAGAAUCUCACACUGUCCAGGUAAGCUACUGUUUAAUUUACUUUGUUAAAAAUACAUAUUUCUAUGAUAAACAAGACCAAUGAUUAAUGAUAAUAAUUAUGAUGAUUAUAAUGAUCAAUGAUCAAUUCUUAUCAAUAAAAAUUGACCUGUUUAGAAACAGCACUAUCCAUUUGCCAGUAUUUACAUGUAAUUCAGAAACACGUGAUUACUGUUGUUUGGAUUACCUACAGGGCUGAUAUAUGUUCACUGGACCUUAUCCAACGGGACAAAGAUAUCAGAGUGGGUGCAUGCCACUGGUAAUUCCCUGUGUGUUGAGUCCACAACAUUGGCGACU